GCUACACAGUGACAGGCUAGGUGUCUCCUUCACUUUGCCCUCCACUCGCACGCUCCGGACAGGACAGGCCGCUCAGCAGUAACUCCAGGUAAAAAUGGCUGUCCCACCAUCUUAUGCUGACCUUGGCAAAUCUUCUAGAGACGUCUUCAGCAAAGGAUAUGGUUUUGGACUGGUGAAACUUGAUGUUAAGACCAAGUCUGCGAGCGGAGUGGAAUUUACAACAUCGGGCUCAUCAAACACAGACUCUGGGAAAGUGAAUGGUAGCUUAGAGACCAAAUACAAGUGGGGAGAGUAUGGACUUACUUUUACAGAGAAAUGGAACACAGAUAAUACUCUGGGGACAGAAAUUACUAUUGAAGACCAGCUUGCUAAAGGUCUAAAGCUGACGUUUGACACAACAUUUUCACCGAACACAGGCAAGAAGAGUGGUAAGGUUAAAGCUGCCUACAAGCAGGAGUAUGUGAACCUUGGCUGUGAUGUGGACUUCGAUUUUGCUGGUCCUGCCAUCCAUGGCUCAGCUGUGGUCGGCUAUGAUGGUUGGCUUGCCGGUUAUCAGAUGACCUUUGAUAGUGCCAAAUCAAAGUUGACCAAGAAUAACUUUGCAGUUGGUUACAAGACAGGAGACUUCCAACUUCACACCAAUGUCAAUGAUGGGUCUGAGUUCGCUGGUUCCAUCUAUCAGAAAGUUAGUGAUAAAUUGGAGACGGCAGUAAACCUUGCUUGGACAUCUGGGAACAACAGUACCCGCUUUGGAAUUGCUGCUAAAUACCAGUUGGACUCUCAUGCAUCAAUCUCCGUAAAGGUGAACAAUGCCAGCCUUGUUGGAGUAGGGUACACCCAGACUCUCAGGCCAGGUGUGAAACUGUCUCUCUCUGCAUUGGUAGAUGGAAAGAAUAUAAAUGCUGGUGGCCACAAACUUGGCUUAGGCCUGGAAUUGGAGGCUUAAGCUUUUUAUCCUCUGCUAUUUGCAAUCACCAAGGGAUAUCCAGGAAACAAGGCCUUACCUAUAUAUUUGUUUCAUAAUCGUAACCAGCAAAGCUUAUUUUGCCUCCUUCUGUUCUCUCCUUCCCAGUUCAUAGGACAGGAGCUGCACUGAGGUGGAAUUUCUAUACUUUCUGGAUGAGCCUAGGUAAAUUUGGCAGUAGCUUCCCUCUUGGGAUCCUACAGAGAAGCACUCCCUUAAACGUUAUUUAUAUGUGUAUUUAACUAUUAGGCAGUGCUUCCCAUCAUGGUUUAUAUAGACCUCUGAAGAGAGGAAACACAAAAUGUACAUGUGUAUGCAUGUUUGUUUUUAUGUUCCUUUUUAACAUUUAAUAACGCUAAGUCCGACACAAAUCUCAAAGCCCUAGAUCUGCUCAUCCAGAGGGACAACAGUUUUGAGUAAGACACCUUUAUUUUGUGAGGGUUUUUGAUAUCCCAAAACAGGAAAAAUAUGAAUAAAACUAACUUACACGA